AAUUGGAGAGAGAGAGAGAAAGUCAAGGGGCUUUGCGCAAUUUACAGGUGGAGGCGGAGGAGAGCUUCAAAGGCCGCGGGUUGCCAUGGCAGCUGUCACACCCGCGAUUUCCACGGCAACGGGGUGGAAAGGGGCGGGGGCGCUGGGCUUGCUGAGCCGUCGCUGCUGGGGCGCAAGUUCAGGUGCCCCACUUGCACGAGCCGCGGUCCCCCAGCGGCGGGCCUUCGGAUCCCGAGCGCCGGCCAUGGCGGCCCUCAAGGUUGGAGACAAGCUACCCAGCGUGGAGGUCUACGAGGGUGACCCUGGCACCAAGGUGAAUGUGUCGAGUCUCUUCAAGGGCAAGAAGGGCAUCCUUUUUGGGGUGCCAGGUGCAUUCACCCCAGGUUGUUCAAAAACCCACCUCCCAGGUUACGUGGAAAAGGCAGGACAACUUAAGGGGAAGGGAGUGGAGAUCAUCGCCUGCUUGUCUGUCAAUGAUGUCUUUGUCAUGAAUGAGUGGGGAAAGGCUCACCAAGCUGAGGGAAAGGUGCGGAUGUUGGCUGAUCCGACGGGAGCCUUUGGGAAGGCCACAAACCUUUUGCUGGACAAGGAGCCCCUCCGGGAGCUGUUUGGGACCCAGCGAUCCAAACGGUUCUCCAUGGUGGUUGAGGAUAGUGUGGUGAAGGCCUUAAACAUAGAAGAAGACGGGACAGGCCUCACCUGCAGUUUGGCCAACAACAUUGUAUCUCAGCUCUGAGCCCCGGACACCUGGGUCCCUCAAGGCCUCAUCUCCUGAGGCCUGGCGACAUGACACGCACGCCCCACCACUUUGCGGAAGGGAUGGUGGGCGGAUUUUCCCUUCCAGCAUCUAGGUCUGGAUUUGACCUGCGCGUGAGCAGGGAUGUACUCUGCGUAGUUGCUUUUUAAUCCUUUCUCUGUCGGCUCGGUUGUCUAGGGUGUAAUUGCCUGAAAUAAAAUUAUGCUGCAUUUGUCUGUUGA